AUUCCCAGAAGAUCCCCAAAUCCAUGAAAGCAAAGCAGGGAAGCCACCGAAUCAUCAUCAUGUCCACUUCGCUGAGAGUAAGUCCAUCAAUCCGCGGUUAUUACUUUGACACUGCCUCUCGUAAGAAAGCUGUGGGCAACAUCUUUGAAAACACAGAUCAAGAAUCACUCCAGAGGCUAUUUAAAAACUCUGGCGACAAGAAAGCCGAAGAAAGAGCUAAGAUAAUUUUUUCCAUUGAUCAAGAUCUGGAAGAAAAAACAAGAGCCCUGAUGGCCCUGAAGAAAAGGACAAGAGACAAACUUUUCCAGUUUCUCAAACUGAGAAAAUAUUCCAUCAAAGUUCACUGAAAGAAAGAAAGAAGAUGGGAUAAGAACAUUAUCCAUGAACGAACACUGAACGACCAUGUGAGUUUGUGAAACUCUAAGACAUACACGAAAUGUGUUUGUUGCCUUGAAAAUUUCUCUUCCAAUAGGACUCCUUACUUCUGAGGCUGUGAAGGAGUAGAACA